CGCCUGCCCGCCCUGCACCUCUUCGGGCGGCAGCCGCUCGACGCCGCCGCCUGCGCCGCCGCCUUCCGCGGGCUCUUCCCCGAGCGGCGGAGCCGCGUCGUGGUGCUCAGCGACCUGCGCUACGCGCACGCCAUGGGGGAGCUGGAGCGGCUCUUACGGCCCGAGUACCCCAACGUCGUCUUCUCCAGCGUGGAGYGCGGCGAGCCCGGCGCGGCGCGGCCCGGGGAGCAGCGGCACCUGGGGCGCCGCUUCGUGCUGGAGCCGCCGGCCGAGCUGCAGGACUGCGCCAUGUUCUACGUGGGCGCCGAGGGCCUGGCCCUCAGCAGCUUCAUGCUCACCUGGAACCGCUGCCCCUUCAGCUCCUUCGACCCGGCCACCGGCCGCGGCCGCCGCGAGACCUUCAACGUGAACCGGGCGCUGAUGCGGCGCCUCUACCUGGUGGAGCGGGCGCGGGACGCCAGGGUGGUGGGCAUCGUGGUGGGCACGCUCAGCGUGGCGGGCUACCUGGACGUGCUGCAGCACCUGCGGGAGCUGCUGCGCCGCGCCGGCAAGCGCAGCUACACGCUGGCCCUGGGCAAGCCCAGCCCCGCCAAGCUGGCCAACUUCCCCGAGGUGGAYGUCUUCGUGCUGGUGGCCUGUGCCCAGAACUCCCUGCUGGACUCCAGCGACUUCUACCGGCCCGUGGUGACCCCCUACGAGCUGGAGCUGGCCUGUAACCCGGCUCGGGAGUGGACUGGCGACUACCUCACCGACUUCCGAGACCUGCUGCCAGGCGCCUGCGCUCACGUGGAGCUCCCGGCGGCAGCGGGGGCGGACGACGCCGUUCCCGACGUCUCGCUCAUCACGGGGGAGCUGCGUGCCGCCCGGCUCCGCGACCCCCCGGCCCCGCAGCCGCCCCCCAGCGCCGCCCUGGCCUGCAGGGAGCAGACGCGGGCGCUCGCCGAGAUCAGCCCCGCGGCCUCCUUCCUGGAGUCCCGCAGCUGGCGGGGCCUGGAGCAGCAGCUGGGGAAGACGCCGGUGGCCAAGGCGGUGCAGGGCCGCCGGGGCAUUGCCAUCGCCUACGAGGAUGAGGGCCGCCAGGACGCCUGAUGCUGCGGCCGUGGCAAGGGUCCUGCGCCUGCCCCCGUGCAGGGACCCCCGAYGGUCUAACAGGGAGCUGGGCUUUGCUCCUGGUAGGACAGGGAGCUGCCUCUGGUCAUUCCCAUGCGGAAGCGGCCYGGGAGGCUGCAGCACAGGGAGAGCAGCAGCCGCCCGGCUGGUCAGGGAUGCCCAGGGCAGCAGUGGGGUCCAGAGCUGGCCCUUGGGCUCAUGGCAGCGCCCCAUCURUAGGAGGUUUGGCCCUUGGGGAAAAGGGCACAAGUCUUAUGGGAGUCUGCGGGUGCCAGGACUUGGGCCUGGGCUGGUUAUUGCUCUUAAACAAAUUAAAUAUAAAAUCUCUGAAAUAAAAGAUU